UCCCAGUGCUUGACCCCUUUACACCCUUGACCAGGAAUCGUAGUUUAAGUUUGGAAUGUCGACUUUUUUAUCAUUACUUAUGCCAUAAUGGUACAUAGGCUAGUCUCUCAUCCUUCGUCUGCGUUUCCCUAUGGAUGGAGAUACUACAGGCCAUAGGUAUUGGUUAAGCUACUACUAGGUAUAGUAGUAUGCAGACGGAGGGUUACUACGAUUUGCUACUUAAUGGGGUCCAGGUAGGGGGAGGUGAAGCCCUCCUGUGGGAGGUAAGGAAAUGGCAUCCUCCUAGGUUAGGACAGAUUCAGGAGCCAUGGGGAAGCUGAUAUGGAUGUUGAUGCUGUUUUGUUUAAGAAGCGUGUCAUGUUCAUCACCUGCUAUUGUUAGUGCACAAGUGACUGGUUCCUUGGAAGUUGAAGAUUUCCAACCACAACAAAUCCAUAUUGCUAUUGGAGAGAGCAACCAAGACAUUGUGAUUACAUGGGUAACUCCAAGUGAAACCCCUUUGUCUGUUGUUGAAUAUGGAAUAGGAAAUAUUCACUCUACUGCAGAAGGAAAGUCUACCAAAUUCACAGAUGGAGGACUGGAACAUAGAACCAUGUGGAUACAUAGAGUUGGUCUAAAAAGUUUAGAGCCAAAUACAAGAUAUAUGUAUCACGUUGGUAGUCCUUUGGGAUGGUCAGAGUUGUUUUCGUUUCUGACGUGGGAAAAGGAAAAAACGGUACAUCUGACUGGACCUGUACGUGUGGCUAUGUUUGGCGAUAUGGGAGCCCUCAAUGCUCAGUCUCUGCCAAGGUUGCAGGAGGAAGUAUUUCAGGAGAUAUAUGACGCUAUCAUUCAUGUAGGAGACUUUGCAUAUGAUAUGGAUUUUGAAAAUGCUCGUGUUGGUGAUCAAUUCAUGCGGCAGAUCCAGCCUGUUGCAGCCUAUGUUCCGUAUAUGACUUGUGUUGGCAACCACGAGCAAAAGUACAACUUCAGUAAUUAUCGUGCCAGGUUCAGCAUGCCUAAUCAUGAGGAUACAGAAAACCUUUUCUUCAGUUGGAAUAUGGGUCCAGUUCAUUUCAUCUCUAUCAGCACUGAAGCUUAUUACUUUAUGGAGUAUGGUAUAAAACCACUUUCACGUCAGUAUGAUUGGCUCAUUAAGGAUUUGGAGGAAGCUACAAGGCCUGAGGUGCGAGCUAAAGUACCUUGGAUUAUUUUGUUUGGUCACCGCCCCAUGUACUGCUCAAACAAUGAUGGCGAUGACUGUUUAAGAGUUGACUGCCUUACUAGAGUUGGCUUACCAGUUGUUCAUACGUAUGGAAUGGAGGAGUUACUCGAUAAAUAUGGAGUUGAUUUGGCAGUGUGGGCUCAUGAACACUCUUAUGAAAGAUUGUACCCGAUGUUUAACUAUACUGUAUAUAAUGGAUCUGCUGAAGCCCCUUAUACCAAUCCAAAGGCACCAGUCCAUAUCACAACAGGAUCAGCAGGCUGCGAUGAGGUUCAUGACCAUUUCAAGCAUGAACAGCCUCAUUGGUCAGCUUUUCGGUCCCUUGAUUAUGGUUACACACGGGUUACUGCAUACAAUACAACCCACUUAUACUGGGAGCAAGUGUCUGAUGACAGGAAUGGUGAGGUGAUUGAUAAGGUUUGGCUUAUCAAGGAUCGUCACGUCUCUUAUCCUGAGCUCCGCUCUAAUCAUGUGUAGGCACCUUGCAUUGCGUUUGCACAAAUUAUGGAGAUAGUAACCUCUCAUUUUUAUGUUACUGGAAAUUGCCAAAGUAUCUUAUUUUUUUAGUAUACAUUCACUAUGUUCCUCAAGUAAUCAUAGAUUACAGUUGCACUGGUUUCGUUGUGCAAAGAGUAUUUUCAGUAUUUGAUAUUCUUAUGUUACUUUUGGUAUGUCUCAAAGCUAUUUUUGUGGUUGCUUUAUUUUGUAAGAUUACAGUUUAUCUCCAUAUUCUGUACUGGUAUUGUUAUGCCAGUUGACUGCAAAUAUUUGUGAAAGAUUAAUGUUUUGCAUCAUGAGGAAUUGAAUUCUAUGAGCAGUUUGGACUGCUUUCCAUUUAAUCUGUGAUCUGAUUAAACAAAAUCUGGAUAUAAAAACAUUUAUAUUGCUGAUUGAAGUAAAGUAAACAGAUUCUCUAAUUUAGUUCAAUUCAAUUUCAUUGUUUAAGAUUAAUUGAUUAUAAAAUAUAUUGUUAGUGAGCUAAAUGUACAUUAUUAGGUCGUACAGGCACUGAUUCAUAUGCAAGUAUAUACUAUACAGAUGUAAAUGCAUGGUAAAUCCUUAUAUGUGAACAAUGGGAGUGACAUAUGCCAUUCUUUAAGUAAUUCUCAUUCAUUUUAGUCAGGUUUACAUAAACGUACAUAUACUUAUAUAUCUUAAGAUUGAUUUAUAUAUCUUAUUUUAAAGUUUACUGGUGGAAUGUUGCUCUUUCAAAAACUAGAUUGAAAAUGAUACAGAACAUUUUUGCCUAAAGCACAUAUUCAUUUAGAAAGAACUUUAUGAGUGCUUUUUAUACAAAUGUAACAUAUAUUUUUUAUGUACUGGUUCAUUACAUCAUUUAGAAUUUUUUAUUUGAAACUUCUUAUUACUAUGCAUGUGAUUAUAUUCGGGUAGUGCAGGUUCAAAUGCCUUUUCUUGAGGUAUUUGUAAUCAGAUUGCUGUUAACUGGUAUGUUGCUAGGGCACAAUAAUAAUAUCUUUUGACUCAUUGUAUAUGGGUAUAGUUGCAGUAUUUGAGAGGAAGAGGUAACAUUAUUAGAUGGCUGCUUGCUUGUUUAGUUUGGAUGAUUCUCGAUUGAUUGGUUACAACUCUUAACAGUAUGAUCUUUUCCUAUCACAUUUUUAUUGUUAUUAGUAAUUUUAACCUGACCACAUGAGUAAACUACUUAUGAUGUCCUCUUCAUUGAGAUAGUAUGUUAGUAUUUUAGUUCACUUUAUGGUACAGAAGCUGUGAUAGGAUUUCAUUGCGGUCUAUAGCCGAUAUGAAAAUGGGGUAGGUUGACAUUUUUGAAGUUUGGUGUACUGUAAUGUAUUUACUGUUGUCUGUUGACAGGGUUAUCAUAAGACUUGCUAGUCAUUACAUAAUGGCUGUGAAUUGAUUGAUUUCCAACAGUUUUAUAUCUUUUGUGGGAUAACCUGAGGUGGUGAGUUCUUUAUUAAAAAAGUUACUCUUUUGUGUUUCACAAAAAUUUUUUUGUUGAGUCAUGAAUGUUGAGCUUUUAGAACUACAAUAGUAUAUAUAUAUAUAUAUAUAUAUAUAUAUAUAUAUAUAUAUAUAUAUAUAUAUAUUAAUUUUUGCAUCUUGGAAUCUGUUUUUUGUCCUUAGGUAUGUAAAAAUAUAGUUAAGAUUAAAUUUGAGCAUAUGUUAUUCUUGAUAUGUAUCUGCUAGUAACUUAUUCAGUGUCACAAGAUAUUAUGAGCUAAAACUCAGUACAGUAUUGUCUAAGUUUUAUUGAUAAUGAGCAAGCCUUUAAUAUCCAUGAGAAUCAUUUAAUAAAACAAUUUAUUAUAUGAAUGUAGAAAUGAAAAAGUUAAUCUAUUUAUUAUAUAAUGACCCUAAAUUUUUGUUCCAUAAUUAUUAAUGGCAGAUAUACUCUGCGGAUGUGUUUUGUGAUGUGAAAGGGAAUUAUUGAUUGGGGACAGACAUAAAGGUAAUGAGAAGGCACAAAAAAAAAACACAAAGCUUUUGUCACUAAUAAUAUUUACCUGAAAUACUCUUUUGUAUAACUUGAUUUAUCAGUGUGGUAACCUUUCUCAAUUUGAGUACAUAACUUGUUCAAAUAUUUUGUAACAGUUCUGAUGCCAAAAUUUUGAUUUAUCGUUGUUUAAAAGCAAGUGACGGUUGCAAUUACAAAAUGUUUUUAUUUUCAUUCAAAUUUAGAAUAGCCCAAAAAAUCUUCCCCCCAUGCACACUCAAAAGUUAUGAACAAAAAAUCACUGCAGGUUUAUACAGCUAAUAACUGCUUAUUUGUUGUUUUAUGUAGUGUGAUGGUCAUGUACUAUUAUUUUUUAUCUGUAUGUAUAUAUAAUAGAUAUACAUGUAUAUAUCUUGCAAUUCCACAAUGGUCCCGUGGAUGAAGUAUAUAAGAGAUCCUCACAUGAAAAUGAAAGCAGGGAGUACCAAGACUUUCAACUUUUAUUCCAAAAUAAAGGUUGAAAGUCUUGGUACCCCCUCCUUUUAUUUUCAUGUGAGGAUCUCUUAUAUGUAUAUAUACUAUGUAAUAAUGAUGAUGCAUAAUGAUGAUGAUGCAUGGGAACUGUAUGAGUUAUAUUUUUCUUGCAAAGUUUUUGCUCAAGAGUCAUAGUAAUUUUUAACAUUCUUCGGGUUUCUUGGAUAUCCUACUUAACAAUAAAGUUCAUUAUGAUCAUAUUAAGUAA